AUGGUAUCUGCUAGUAUAUCACAAUAUGAUCGUGUAUGUCAUGCCUGUUGGUUGAGGUUUAAAAGACAAGCUCUUUUAACUCAACAACAGGAUGAAAGAAGAGGCUUAGAAGGUGAUGAGACUCCUCACGGUCAAGAAGAAGUGGAACAGCCUGUUGAUGCAGUUCAUGUUCCAGAAUUACAACCUCCCCCGUUUCUUGCAAGUACAGAUGAAAGGGAUUCGUCUGUAGAAUCAGUUGCAGCUCCAGAGGUUCAUUCGCUACAAUCUCAAACCCAACAAUCAAAACUAGCAUCAAAUCAACCAAAGAAACCUAGACCAAGACACGACUUAUUUAACACAAAGCUCGGAAAACAUCAGUUAGAACAAAUAACAAUCGCUCUAAUAGACAAAUUUACAGACUAUGAAUCUAACACAAAAGAAUUUGUAACACGAGGAAGAUACAAUUGGAUAGAUAAUACCAUAACAAAUACAACCAAUUGGAAAUACCAAAACUGA